AUGUCUUUCUGGACCUUUGCGCCUAAGCCCAAGACUCCGUUGGGGUUCCACCGAGUUCUCGCUCCAACUGCGGGUGUCAAGGUCUCUCCUCUGUGCUUGGGAGGAAUGAACUUUGGUGAAGGAUGGGAGCAUUUCAUGGGGAAAUGUAAGAAAGAGGAAGCAUUCGCGCUAAUGGACUCCUUUUAUGACUUGGGGGGUAAUUUUAUCGACACAGCCAACAAUUACCAGGAGGGAGAUUCUGAGAGAUGGAUUGGGGAAUGGAUGGAAAGCCGCGGAAACCGCGAUCAGAUGGUGAUCGCCACCAAGUAUACGACUGGAUUCCGCGAGCCUCACCUUGAGACUGAAAGGAUCCAGUCCAAUUUUGUCGGUAACUCGGUGAAAUCGCUGAAAGUGUCAGUUAACUAUAGUUUGAAGCAUCUACGCACAGACUACAUUGAUUUGCUCUAUGUGCAUUGGUGGGACUUUACAACCGGCGUCGAAGAGGUUAUGCACGGCUUGAACUCAUUGGUUGCAGCGGGAAAGGUUCUGUAUCUAGGUGUAUCGGAUACUCCUGCCUGGAUUGUUGUCAAGGCCAAUGAUUACGCCCGUGCCAACGGCCUGCGGCCCUUUUCUGUCUACCAAGGACUGUGGAACCCCUUACGUCGCGAUAUGGAAAGUGAAAUUGUCCCCAUGUGUCGAGACCAGGGAAUGGCUAUUGCCCCGUGGGGCCCUCUUGCUCAGGGAAAGUUGAAAUCUGGUGAAGCUCGGAAGCUCACCAGUGGAGGUCGAUCUGAUGAUGAGAUGACCGAGGACGAGAUUCGCGUAUCUGACACCUUGGAUGAAGUAGCGAAGAGCAAGAACACGAGCCUUCCGGCUGUGGCUCUUGCAUAUCUACUCCACAAGUCCCCCUAUGUCUUCCCCAUCAUCGGACAGAGGAAAAUCGAGCACCUGAAAGCGAAUAUCGAGGCACUCAGGAUUGAGCUAUCCAAGGAAGACAUGGAUAAAAUUGAUACGGCAGUGGCGUUCAACCCUGGUUUCCCAAUGAACUUCAUCUUUCAGGGCAAAUAUGACUUGACACUCACGGCUGCUGACGUGCCCCUAACACGGAAAGCCGGCCAUAUUGACGCCCCGCCUCAGCCGAGUAUCAUUCCACCCAAGAAGGAGGUGUGA